ACAAUUUUGUGUUUUGGUGCUUCGACAAAUUAUGACUAGAAUUCGACCUCUAGAAAUUUUCCAAGUGAUGUAGGGUUGCCCAUUUGAGAUGAGCACGGCUGUCCUGGCCUGCGUCUGUCUCCUGGGGCUGGUGGAAGGGGUGGUGGACCAGUGGCACGUGCAGAGGGGGCACGCCAUCUGCAGCGCGUAUGGCCACAAGUUGGUCGCUGCCAAGUUCUCGAAGGAGGAGCACUUGCUUUGCUUGAAGCUGAAGGCUAUAGGCACAUCGCCUCUCACCUCGCAUCACUCCGCACUCUUCUUGGACCCUGAACCAGAAGAAGACAACGUCAUUCGAGCCUUCUCGCUGGCUGACGUCACGAUGGCGUACGGUUUCCCGGUGGAGGAUCCUGCGGCGGGAUCAGCGGAGGGAUACAUUGGGGAGGACCACCAGUUCUAUGGAGUGCUGCAUUUAGGUAACCGGACUCUCCACGCUGACCCGUACGGCAAGGACGACCCAACGAAGUUCUUCGGCGCUUUCGAGAACGACCACAUGGCCGGCCCGCGCCUGCGCCGCGACAAUGCUCAGAUGGAGUUCCUGGAGCGCCUGCCAUACUUCCCGUACCAGAUGGAAGAACACAAGCGGACGCCUGGCAUAGCGCGUGCGCGGAUCUGCGACCUACUGCUUCUGGCCGAUCUGGAGUUCUUCGAGAAGGUUCCAUUCUAA